AUGAAUUUAUCCCGGAAAUUAGAGAGAAUUUGUAGGAUUCCUCUUGUUAACUCUAUUUCCUCAGCUUUUUUCCUUUUCAUAUUAAUUUUUCCAGCCCAAACUCACUCCUAUGACUUCAGGCUUGAAUCCUCAAAGUUCACAGGGAAGGGGUUGGUGGGAGAUUUCGGGGAUUUCGACAACACCGGAAGUUUAAGUUUUGCUACAUAUUCAUAUAAUACAGUUUCCGAUAAAACGACAAUUUACAUUUAUUCCGAUAUAACUAAAUCAGGGGAAAGUGACCCGUAUUACAAGUUUCAAGUUGAUGGCGAGUGUGAUGGAAUUACAGCGGCGGACUUUGAUUCCAACGACUUUUUGGAUCUUUUACUUGUUAUGAAGAAAAAACCAAGUUCAGGAGACACCAACACUUUGUACUAUUUUCUGGUAUACUACCAACACAUCGGAGGUGAAUUUGGUACGAAGAGUACAUGGGACUCUAGGCAAACUUUGGACGGCCCGUUUUCCAAUCCCGACAAUAAAAUAUUUGACAUUGAUAGUAUUAAAUCUAAAGUCUUGCAACCUAAACAAUACCAAUACAGCACAAUUCACCCACUCGUGGCUGACUUUGAUGGCGAUGGUUACUUUGAUAUUUUGGCCCAAACACCAGAUUUGAAGCUAUUCUUCUGGAUGAAUUUAGGCCAAUUUUUCCUACCCUUUCCUCACAAUAAAGUCCAAACCUUUACCGUUAGUUCUGAAGUUAACGGAUUCAUACCUAACCCGCACUCUUGCGCCUUUAUUGAUAUGAACGGCGAUUGUAGACCAGACCUCGUGCUUAUGUUCGAAGAUCCCCAUCUUAGAAAUGUGUAUAUUGACAUAUGGUUAUCUGAUGCAGAGACGGGCACUGUAGUAUAUAAACAUUCGAAUAAUUUCUUAUUACCAAAAAAUCAUGGAAUGAUAACCUUUGGCGACUUUGAUAAUGAUGGAACAAAUGAUGUACUGGUCCCAUUUUGUGAUUCAGUUGAUUCGGAAGGUUAUUGCAAAUCGACUUGUAAAAUAGCAAUUUCAUAUAAUAAACAAAUCCCAUUUUGCCCACAAAUGUUCCAAACCAGUGAUCAACUGUGUAGACACCCAGCUAAUCUAUGCGUACACUCGAGGAUGGAUUUCACUCCCUUUACAGGUCAUGUCAUUGAAUUGCCCAAUGAAUAUACAUACAUUUAUCCCCUCAACACUUCCCAGUUAAACCUGACCAGAUCCAAAUUCAACUACUUAAAAGUUCCAAGGACAGCUUCAGAUGGUCCAGAGAGUAGAAAGGAUUUGGAAGAUAGAGAAAGGGAAGAUUUGGAAAGGGAUAAGUUAAUUUAUACUAAACUGCCAACACAACUUCAACGGGUCACCGCCGGAGAUUUUAAUAAUAACGGCUUUCUAGACUUAAUUAUACCCAUGAAGGUUGUUGAUUCCAGAUCCAAAUAUUCAUCCAAAGAUGAAAAAAGUGGGAAAGUUAGUGAAUCUGUUAAAUAUUUAUCAUUGAUAGCAAAAAACUCUUCAAAAGACAAAGGAGAAGCAUCUUAUGAUGAGUUCAUACCUGUCAUAAUUGACAACCCUGAUGCCACACUCACACAUGUCACUACAGCCGAUAUUGUCGAUCGACGAAUGUUGAAUAUGAUCGUGUUUUUAAAGUCUGGGGAGAAAUUGAGUUGUCUGUACUAUUCACUCUAUAGAGAAACUAUUGAUUUGUUUAUGAAGCUAAUGACCAAAUAUAUGGUAAUUGAUGAGUCUAAAUACCCUGAUAACUAUUUCAUAUCCGGUUCUAACAAUAACGUAGUGUAUACACUUAGGUUAGUAUAUACUGGCGUAGGAUUAACGUACAAAUUAACAGUGAUUGAUAUUCAUGGGAUAAAAUUCGCCAAAACUGCAACUCUGAGACCACAAACAGCUUAUAGUCCUCUAUAUACCCCUUUCACAUUCAUCGGGCUGGGUAAGACGAAUAAUUAUGUUGAAGAGUUUUAUUUGGGAGCCUCGUCCUCAGAUAAGAAUUGCUUUCACAUGUGGAUUUCAAUCAUACCGAGCUGCACAGUUAUUACGGUGCCAGUACCACUCGAAUCACCCUCACAGUGGGUACUGAAGUUGAGUAUCAUACCGGGAAAGAAGCUGUUUACGAUACUGAUAACAACAUCGGUGUCGUUGAUAAUUUUUGGAAUUAUAGUAUUAAUUUUCGAUUUUAAAGAAAAGAGGGAGGAUUUCAUACAGGCAAAAGGAUUCAGACAAAAAUUUAUUAUAAAUUAA